AAUAGGUUUUAUUGAAGCAUCCUCACGACAAUGCUACGGUGCGAAGCGCAAGGCCCGUUAUAUUAAUAGAGGCGGGUCAGCAAGCUGGUAUAGAGCCUGUCAACUUUGCACUGUUUAUUAUUGAACAGCUGGUCGCCUGCAAAGAGAAUCUUUACAUGUUGAGAAACGCUCGAUGGGUUAUACUCCCCAAUACUAAUCCAGAUGGAAGAGAAUUCGGCAGAUACACACCAGGAAAUUGGCAAAAGAAUUUAAGAUUUUCUGAAGACGAUCGUAGUGCUGGAGUUGAUAUAAGUCGAAACUUUGACGAGUCUUUCAACGAUUGUGGGGUCAUACAAAACGGCUUCGAUCAUAAUUUUCCCGGUAAAAAACCAUUCUCAGAAAGCGAGACGUCGUUCAUAUUAGGCGCACUAAACAGGUACAAAAACAAGUUGAGAGCAUACGUGUCCAUACGCCGCGACGGCCACUCCUUGCUGUAUCCUUUCGCCAGCGUCAACACCAGUGCCGUAGAAGUCGAUAAAUUGAGAGAAAAGGCCGCCGAAAUCACCUCUAAAAUAAAUCACAAGUACGGUUUUAUUGAAUAUUUGACUAACAGCUCUAUCAUUGCAAUGAACAGGAAGCCAGUGUGCGGACACAGCGUCGACUAUGUCUACAUGAAGUACAGCACGCCUUAUGCGUAUGAGAUGCGCGUUUUUCUCGAGAGUGAUCAUAAAAUAAUGACGAAAUUCCAAAGUCUACCUCGCGGUUACGACAUCACGCUUAGGAAUGGAUAUUUUGCCGUUAUUAAAGAAUUGUACAACACAGUAGUCGAAGAACAUAGAAACAAAACUUCUAGCUACUAACAAACCUUGUUGUUUAACGCGUAAUUCUUGAAAUAUAGCUCAAAGUAUUGUACUCUUUCCCUCUCACGGUUCCUACGCUAUGAUCGGUUAAUGGGCGGUUAUUACGGAAGCUGAAAGAUGAAAUUUUAUACAGUAUGAGAAUAAGGAAAUCAUAAGAUGCCGGAAAAUCUCGAAGAGAAGAGUGAAAAGCUCCAACUGGGUCAAAAUUAUAUACCUACGGAUGGCGUCAUCUUUUACAAUACAAUAUUUAUUUAGUACAUAAUGGUGUAUCUCCGUUGGAGGAGUCACUUUUCCAGUUUUAGGAGGAUGUCGGUCAUGCGCGGCGGGGAGGGCGGCGGGCGGCGCGGGGCGGGCGGGUACCGGCAGCGCGCUUGCGCCAGGGGUGGGGCCCGGCGCCGCUCGGCCCGCUGGCACUCUGCAGUCGGCCGCGCCGGCGGGACCGCGCUCUCCUGAUCUUCUCUGAUCAUUCGCUCCUCAGCCUUCCUGAAAGCCGCCGCUCGCGCUAACACACGCAAUAUUCAUUUUCCUAAGUUACUUUACGUCCAAAUUUUUAAUUUACAAUCUUAUCAUUUUUAGUGCCUUAAUUUUCUCAA